UCACGAGAUACCAUCGAUACACAUAAUGGCAGGAAAGACUGAAAAAGCACCGUGGUUGGCCUUGACCAUGGCAGGAUGCUGUGCGUCAAAAAAGGACCUGGUGGAUUCCGAAGACGUCGAGAACUCGAGGGCGUUGAAAAGCAAUGGAACGUCGAUGCAAAUCUGCUAUGAACAACCUCAACCAAUCUCACAGCCCAUUGCCUCUCCGACAAUAGCACGGCCACCCACUAGCUCCACGACAAUGAGUCGCCAUCUUUCGCAGUGGGCGUCCCAGAGUCGUGAAUUCGCCACACGAGCCUCGUCAAGAGCAAGCGUCCAUACCCUCAGUCUCACACGCCCACGGAAAUCACAUCCGCGAGCCCGUCCUUCCAUUGGCCGCCCCACCGACUUCCGGCACACCAACAGCGUCGACGGCAUUCAAAGCAUGCUUGAUGAGGCGACGAUACCUGUUCGCCGCCGUCGCAGUUUCCGACCACUCGAGCUGUCCAUUUACCUACCCGACGGACGAUUGAGCCCACUGCCAGACUUUGAAGAAGACGGAUGGGUCAAGAAGCCUGCUCAAGCACUCGUCAGGAACAGAGACUCGGCUACCGACUCUAUAUCAUCUGGUUCAGGAGCUUCCGAAUGGCUGGUUCAACGAAAACCAGUGGGAUCUGGGUCUCGAAGAUCAAGUGUGCAGAGCACGCAGUCGAGCCAAUCCAGACCGCCAUCGGAUACUUUCUCAGUCCUGCCCUUCUUGCUCGAAGAACCCGAAUCUUCCAAUGUCAGCACGCCUACCUUGGUUCGCCGCUCACAUACUUCUUCGACUCUUUCUUCGUCACGAAGAGCGUUGUCGAGAUUGUCCUCGCCAUCUCCAUCACGUGCCCGCUCUAGCACAGCACCCUCUUCUCGUCCUGUCAGUCUCCGUAAAUUCAAGACUGACCGAGAUACCCCUUCUGACGACGUCGAUGCCGCUAUCCGCGAGCUCAACACCAUCGUCGAAGAGCGUCGGGCGGAUGCCUACCGCUCCGCAAACUUUGGCUCCCGCUUCGACAACCUUCCUCCCCCGUCCCCUUCAUCACACGUUCCCGCCAUAGCACCCUCACUCCGCAUGAAGGUGCGCUCAGAGACCUUGUCCGAUAUUGGCUCCGCCUUCUCCGCACCUCUGGUCACGAAAGCCCUCCCUACCCCACCAAAGAAGCCCCUCCGUCUCGAGCCCCCCAAACGCACCUUCAGCGGACCCCUAGACUCCAACCCCGUCACCCCUCCUACCCCCAACAUUCCCAACCGCCUAGGUGCAUGGAUCAAGCGCUCUCUCCCUCCAACCCCCUCCAGCACCUCCGUCUUCCGCACCGCGCCCUCGACCCCAUCCUUCAAGUCCCUCAAGUCCGCAAAAUCCAUCAAAUCCCUGCGCUCCUCUAAAACAAACACCCCCUCAACCCCCUUCUACCAAUGCCAACCCGCCUCCCUCCACCAAGACCCUUCGCAGCAGUACUUCGCAAUGGAACACCCCUCCUCCCACCGCAGCAGCACGGCGUCUUCCUCAACAAUGACAGUAACGGAAGUUGCUACAACGCAUACCCGCCAAACCAGCGCCGCCACCAUCCUCUCUUCCUACCCCUCCACCCCAUCCCUAACAUCCAUCCGUUCACACUCCCCCACCUCCUCCCUAGACUCGUCAUCGUACCCCGCGACCAUCCCCUCCACGCCCGCCGCCAAACCCGUCAAAACCCGCCGCGUCCCCGCGCCCCUCGUCCUCGCCAAGGACAACAAAGACCUCCGCAUCGAAGCGUGUCUGGGGAGCGCGAGGAGUUUCGCUUCCUCGACCUCGUCUAGGGCUAGCAGGGACGCGUAUCGCAGGGGCAGCUUGAAACCGCCUCAGAGCCCGAAUUACGGCAUCCUGAGGGGCAUGGAGAUUUGUGCGCGGCAGGAAGGCGUGUUGAUGAAUGGCGGGUUGAACGAGAAGGUGCUUCCGAGUCCUGGGGCUGUUGGCGUUGCUUUUUGAGCGUCGUAUUAUUCAUUCCCAUGAGGUGCGAUGGUGGCUUAAUGGUUACUUAGUGUGUGGGGAUGGAUAUUCAAUAGUUGCUGUUCCUCGUUUUUUUUUCUCUCUUUUUCGAGACAUGUGGACGGGAAAGUGGGACAGAGUAAGGUUUUUUUAUUUUGAGGGGGGAAGAUGUGUGUGUUUGUGUUUGCUUUAUAUAUUAUACCCUUUUCUUCGUCCUUUCUUUUCACCUACCUACCUACCUACCUACCUACCUACAUAUCUAUUCAACCCCCCUUCUAUAUCCUUCUCAUCUUGACUUCAUCUCCUCUCUCACUCUCACACACACCUCUCUACUCCUUUCCCAUUGGCAAAAAGGCAGAUCUAAUCACAAACCUAAACUUUUCCCGUUCUAUGCAUCUCU